AUGUUGCGCCAGUUUCUUCGGAAUGCUAGCUCUAAUCCAACCAAAGUAACUGCUUCAAUUACAUCGACUUUGCUGCCAUCAACCAACAAUAGCCAUGUAAAUACCUCAAAAACACAACGACCAGAAUUAUUAACCAUACUACCGUCGAAAAGAAUUCUUAAUAGAAUAUUAUUUGAUAUUGACUCCCAAUUAACAUAUAAACAAAUGAUGCCAAUUUUGAAUCAUAUAUAUAAUAAUUUAUCAACACCAGAAUCUAUUAAUUUAACUCAACUCAAAAUUCAAUCGUCGUCUUAUGAUUUAAUGAAAUUUAAAAAAUUAUUACAAGAAAUUAGAAAAGUGACGAAUUCAAUCAAUGUUCAUUUAUUAGAUUUAGAGAAUGAAUUAAUUGAACAACUGGCUGAAUUGGGGAAUAAUGAUGCUAUAAGUAUUCUUGCCUUUGAAACCAUAAGGAAGCGACAAAUAUUGAAAGAAAUUGUCGAUGAAGAAGAUUAUAAACAUGCUAAUGAAUUAAUUAAACAAUUGAUUGAUAUUAAUCAUCCUUUAGUAUUUAAAAUGGCAGGAGAUCUAUCAUGGGAAUUAAAUCAACCAAAUCAAGCCAUUGAAUAUUGGCAAAAUUAUAUCGAUCUUGUAAAUAAAGAUAAACGUGGCGGUGGUGGUGAUGAUUAUGAUGAUCAUUUAUGUCAAAUAUAUUAUAAUAUGGGAUAUUAUUAUUUCACUUAUUUGAAACAUCCAAAAUUAUCAUUAGCAAAAUUGAAUUUUCAAAAAUGUAUAAAUCAUGGCUCUAGUAAUGUUAGUGGAAGCAGCACUGGAAGUAAUUCGAAUGAAUUCAUUGUCAAAUCACAUUUCUAUUUAGGACAAUUAUAUGUUAAUAAUAACCCUAAAUUAAGUAAAUAUCAUUGGGAAAUUGCUUCAAGUUCUGGAUUAAAAGAUUCUAUUAUAAAUUUGGGGUUUUUAGAAAUGAAUUGUUUCCAAAAUUAUCAUUUAGCGAUUGAAUGGUUUAAAUUAGGCAUGGAAUUGAAUCCUAGUGAAGUUCAAUGUUUAAUUGGAUUAUUUGAUGCAUAUAUCGCUUUACAAAAUUGGAAACUGGCAAAUAUUUAUUUGAGUAAAUUAAAUAAAUUAUUUGAAACAAUAGCAGAAAAGAAAAAGACAUCUGAAUUACCUGAGAACAUCAAAUCUUCAAUUAUCUAUAAUGAAUCUAUGCUAAAGACAUUUCAUCAAACUAGAUUAAAUGAUAUAAAGUUAGUUACUAGCAAAAUCGUGUAA